AUAACUUAACGGAACAAUCCCUGCACUUCCGUUAAUGACACCGGCAGCGGAGUUGUUACAACUGAUUGUCAGCUUUUUUACAUUUCAGUAUUAACAUUUCUCAUUAUAUAUUUGAGAGGUUGUUUGGCGACGGAAAUCCAGUUUUAAUCUGUCGCUGCAGGUGCAGCAAGAGGCUUGAUUCCGAGUGUCGUUGAUUAUGGUGUAGAGGGAGCGUUUCUCUGAGACAGCAGAGAGAGCGUAGGGUAGCCAUGCUGACGUUGGCCAGUAAACUGAAGAGGGACGAGGGAGUGAAGACUGGCAGGGCCCCUGGGGGCCCCUCCGACUCCUCUCACAGGGUCUCUAUCAGGGACCGGCUGCUCAUCAAAGAAGUUGCAGAACUUGAAGCCAACCUUCCUAGUACGUGUAAAGCCAGCUUCCCUGAUGAGAACAAGCUACAUCACUUUCAGCUGGCUGUCUCUCCAGAUGAAGGCUACUAUCAGAGUGGAAAAUUCCAGUUUGAAAUAAACGUCCCUGAAGCUUACAACAUGGUGCCUCCCAAAGUGAAAUGUCAGACCAGAAUAUGGCACCCCAACAUCGCUGAGACGGGGGAGAUCUGUUUGAGUUUGUUGCGGGAGCACUCCAUCGACGGCACUGGCUGGGCCCCUACGAGAACAUUAAAGGAUGUAGUCUGGGGAUUGAACUCCUUGUUUACCGAUCUACUGAACUUCGAUGACCCAUUGAACAUCGACGCGGCCGAGCAUCAUCUGCGCGAUAAGGAGGAUUUCCGUAAUAAGGUUCAAGAUUACAUCAAGCACUAUGCCAGAUGAUGACUGCGUCAGCUGCGCCGGCUGCCUGCAACCCCCCCUUUCUUCGACUGCGCAGCUGAACCCCGCCCCCCAACGUCUCGUCAACCAACCAACCGCUGCACAUUGCUGACACGCCCUGACUGCAAUACAAUGACGCUGAAAGAAAAAAAAAGAUUUACAAGAAAAAUUGUUUUUUAAAAGUUUGAGGGAUUAUGCUUUAAUUGCCCUGAGUGGCCUAGAGUAAUCAUGCUGCGUCACCGCAGGGAUUGUCCAAUGACGGGCCCUCUCUGUGUGUCUGAGCCAAUAAUAGUGAGCGCAUGUGGCAGUGAGGACCUGGGAUUUAACCAAUCCACUUAGCUGUUAUUUAAGAAUUGAUGAAUCAAAGAGAAAGAUUAUCUGUUAGUGUUUCUCAGUUCUAGUGCCUGCCAUGUCUGGUUGCAAAGAAAAUGCACACGAGCACACACACACACACAGAAUCCCUUCACACACAUUGCAAAGCAAACGCACUCAACUAGUAACUCAACACACAGCACUUGGUUGUGCAUGCACACCCACCCAGCCACACAAAAACACACACAGCUGGAAAAACAACAUCUCUGUUAUGUCACUCAUUCAAGGCCUGCACUCCCCCGCCCACACCCACCUCAUCAGACAGCAUGUGAAUGACAAGUGCCACCGACCCAGUCAGUCCCCAUUCCACUUCACUCAGCGUACAUCUGAAAUGGCACCCCUUUAUAUUACCCUACUUUUAACAAGAGCCCUAUAGGCCCUGGUCAGAAGUAGUGCACUACAUAGGGAAUAGGGUACCACUUCAGACACGCCCACUUCCUGUCUGUUCUGUUCACACAUCCACAGGGGGAACACAAUUUACCGGUGCCCCAGACACAAUGUAACACUGUCCAGAUCAGGCUCCUAGGAAAAGACUCUAGCUGUACCACAGUACAAGUUCUACCACCACACCUGAACCUUGACCUUAUCUCAGCUCCCCUGACCUCUGGGGAAGCCAAGCGUAGAGGGCACUGUGCCUCUGAUAGUCUGUCUGUCUUGCUCCAUCCCUCCAUCCUGACGUUUCUCCUUCCACUCUCUUAGGCCCCACAACCCUCAUGCAUUCUCCUCUGCCCCCAUGGAGGUAGAGGGAAUACGAGGGCUCUCUUCUCUGCUAGGUAGUGUAUGAGAGUUCUCUGUUUUGAGGCAAGUGAGUGGGGUCUUCUCUGUAUGCAUGUCCUCAUGUGUCUGAAUAUGUGUGUGUGUGUGUGUGUGUGUGUGUGUGUUUCUGAGAGAUAUGUAGAUCUUUGAGUGUGUGGGUUUGUUGCUUCGCUUUGCCUGGGCUGGCUUUGUGCCUGUAUGUGUGCAUAUUGGAACGUUAGAUUCAGUGUCAUCACUGUAUUAAAAAAAUAGUAUUCACAUGUUUGCAUGAGGCAAAAUGUAUGUGGCCAGGAGGUGGUGUAUUUUACAGUAGGUAUGUUAGAGGUGUGUGUGUGUGUGUGUGUGUGUGUGUGUGUGUGUGUGUGUGUGUUCAAAUGGACAGGGGUUCAUGUGACUUGUUUUUAGCAUGCUCUGGUUCCUAGCCCCACACUCCUUAUUUUACUGGUCCAGCUAGCCUAAUUCUCUGUGGGGCUCGGGAGGGUCUGUCUGUUCCUCAGUUUAAAUCCUCCUUUUCUUUCUCAGAUUGUAUAUCCAUUUUUUAAGAUAUAUUAAAGAGGAUAUAAUAAGGAAAAACA